CCCUAUUAGACGUGACAGUACAAAUUUUUAGUUUUCCCCUCAUUGGCUUAAAUUCUACCUUUCUUCCCUGUGAUUGGUCAGAGCGGUGAGCGCGGUAGAAUUUGAUUUCUCUCCACUCUUAAUCCCGCAUUGUACUAUCAAACUGUGGACGAGAAACAUCUAUAAUAUGUAGCUAAACUUUUAAGUAGUGACUAAAAUUUAUUUUGAGAAAUUACUUGCAUAGUUAGUCUCGAUCUGUGAUAUCAGAGUUUAGUAUUUAUCAACUAGUUAAAUAAUUCCAAGAUGUCUUCGUUGGAUAACUUGAUUGAUCAGGAGAACAGACAUCUAGGAGGAGGACCUCUUGGACGUAGAACUAAGGUUGUCGAGGCUGAACCGACCAGAUUACGGCCUGCCCUCGGUGAAAUCUCGCAAAAUCAGAGAAGGCAGCCUCUCAGGAAUACUAGCAAUAAACCUCAGGGAUUCUCUAUUUACUGUGAUGAAAAUGCUCCUUCAUUCUCACGUCCUCAACCUCUUCUUCGUAAACCUGAGGCUUCAACCAUCGACAAGGAGAAUAUUCCCCCCAAGGAGAAAUCUCUCAGACAAAAGGUUAAGACUGAUGUUCUCCGGGAGCAGAGUAAAGCUGAGAAUGUUGUACAGGUUCAGCAAACCCGUACUGUACAGCUGCUUCACAGUUUACCUAGCAGAGCUGCACAUCUUAUCCAAGAACAUGAAUCCAUGAACACAAGUGUUGAUCUUGAUAGUCCUAUGGUAGUUGAAGAAACUGUAACUCAGCUCCGUGAACAGUGGAGAGUACCUCCCAUUAAGGAUAAUCAUACUGUUGAUAUAUUUACAGAACCAGAAUACUUCCAGGAUAUUUACAUGUACCUGAAGGAAAGUGAAUAUAAGCAGUUGCCUAAAUUCAGAUACAUGGAGAAACAGAACGAUAUCACACACAGUAUGAGGUCAAUCCUUGUUGAUUGGUUGGUUGAGGUUGGUGAAGAAUAUAAACUUCAGACUGAAACCCUUCAUCUAGCCGUUAAUUACAUAGAUAGAUUUUUGAGUUAUAUGGCUGUACAGCGGACUAAGCUGCAACUAGUGGGAGCUGCAUGUAUGUUUAUUGCUGCUAAAUACGAAGAGAUUUAUCCACCAGAUGUUGCCGAGUUCGUUUAUAUUACAGACGAUACAUAUAACAAGAGACAGGUUUUAAGAAUGGAACAUCUUGUCCUGAAGGUUCUAGGGUUUAAUUUGAGUGUUCCCACGAGCUUUCUGUUUCUGAACAAGAUGGUUGAGAUGGUUCCUGUUGAGGAGGACGAGGAGGAGGAUAAAGCCAAGGUUGGAGCUCUUGCAGCUUUCCUUGCUGAACUAGCAUUAGUUGAUGGAGAAACUUUCCUCAAAUAUCCUCCCAGUCAGACUGCUGCUGCUUGUGUGGCUUUGGCUCGCCACACAAUAUCUUUGGAUGCCUGGCCGCAACCUUUACCUGAACGCACUGGUUUUACGCUUGAGGAUUUGCAAGAAUGCUUUGUUGAUCUUCAUCGUUGUUUCGAGAAAUCUAAAACCGCUGCACAACAAGCAGUUGCAGAGAAAUAUAGAUCUAGCAAGUAUUUCGGUGUUUCUGACCUAUCACCUCCUUCCAUCUUCUAGCUGCAGAUAUAUGGAUAGUGCAGUACUGCAGGCAGUACACUGUACACGUUCUAUGUUCUACACUAGAAGAACUAGACCUGAACCUGAACUAAAACCAAACUCUCAUUUCACACUUCAAGAGUCGAGACAAGGAACCAAGUAGCAGACUCUAACCCUACGUGUUCCUAUAUGAAAAUUAUGUACGACUGGCCAGAAACCAGUAUGGUUCCUGGUCUGGUUCUAGGAUAUAUAUUUAUAUUCUCAGCCGGUUUUUAAUUCAAUGUUAUUCAAAUCUUAUGACGAAAUUUUUUUAAAUGAAACUUUUUGUGUUUUCAGUAAAUUGGUUGUUUUAUUUUUA